CUUGUGCCACGGCGAUGUAUAUAUAUGUGUGUGUGUGUGAGGCGCUUGUUGUCACUGCUGUCCACCAAUAUGUCGGGGUUUUGGUUGACGGAAACUCACGGCCUGGUCUCAUUCUUUACUGUUGGUCGUGUAGGGUGCCGGCAACGAGUAAGCCCGGGAAGAUGGGGGUCCUGGAGGGUGACCCCCUAGGAGGAGGCCGCGUCCGAACAGGAGCGUGACUCGAGGAAGAAUUCAGUUGGUUUCAGAAAUGAUUAGCUCAUCCCAUCUAACAAGGAAGUCAACAUGCAGCGUCCUCCGACUUCUGUGUUCCUCCUACUUGCCAAAAGCACCAUUUUCUGCAUCCUGUGGCCGAGGCAUGGAGCAGAGUGCCGUGAGAGAUCAACAGAAAGAGUUCAAAUGGCUCUGGCCGGUUUAUAAAGAGAUGGAGUUCUACAUAGCAGGUCAUAACGCAGGCAGCAAGCAGACAGGUUGUGUGUGCAGGUACAACACAAAGAAACCAUUAACAGUGGAACAUAUGGCAGUUGCAUUGAAGCAUUUCCAGAGAAAACUGCCGAACUACCGGAUCUUCACAAAGGAACGCGAUGGGGAGCAUUGGGCGUGUGAAGCUCUUGAUCCAGAAGUCGACUUCAAGGUCUUGGAAGGAGCUGACAUACGUGAAAUGAUGACUGAGAUGAUGACCGCCCCCUUCGGAAGUGACCGACCUCCGUUGUGGAAAGCUCGCCUUAUACCUGUCCCUGAAGAUGCACGCUGUUGCCAUCCAGAGGUGAAGGCCGACUUCCCGCACCAAUACGAUUUCGUCUUUCUGCCACAUCAUGCGAUUAGCGAUGGUAAUACCAUGGCAACCACCUUAAGGAAUCUCACAGCACUACUUGAUGAUGUGAUAGCUGGGAGAAACAUAGAGGACGACAGACCUUUGGGAAUUUUGGCGGACUAUAAGGAAGUUUCAGAAUUAGAUGCGGAGAUUGUGAAGGAGCUGGAGAAGGACCCCGAAAGACUCGAUGUGCUUAAGGAGGAGACUCUUGCUUGUGACAUAGCGCCCAUCAUCCUAAAGGCUUUCCCCCCACCAGGAGGCAAGCCGGCAACCGGGUGCGUUUUCCGUAACGUGGAGCAGGAUGUGCUUGCUCGUUUUCGCUCUGCUUGCAAGGCCAAUGGAGUGUCUUUCAACAGUGGUUUCGAGGCCCUCAUUAACACCGCCUUAGUGGAAAUGGUUCGAGAUGCCGGCGUGGAGGACGAGGCGCACAGUGUCAGCAUCAACCUGGCCACGGAUCUCCGGCGGUAUAUGAAGCCUCGCCGUCUGCCCAUCCUCGGCCUCUUCGCUCGCCCCACAGCACACAGGAUCGAGACGCCCGUCGAUGUCCGCUCUCACUUCUGGGAUUACACCAAGGAGCUUCACCGGAAAGUCACUGGUCUCCUGAGUUCCAGCGAAGCCUUCAACCAAGACGUGGUUCGCCGCCUGACGCAACCACCUGUCUCGGCCGAAGACUAUUACGCCGGGCCGCCUCUGCCGCUGCGGGACUACGGACUCACGAAUCUCGGAGACUUAACUUCCAGGAUUCCAGGAACGGGAGAACACCUGCAGCUCAUGGACAUCACCAUGUUUGCUGCGAUUCACCUGUCCGUCUAUAUGAUGCUGCACCAGAUCUAUACUUUCCGCAGACAUUCCCCUUACACGCUAAGCUAUGAUACUUCUUACAUGACCGAACACACAGCCAGCACGCUCGCCGAUGCAGUUCUGAUGCUUCUGGAUAAAUUUGGCCGAUCCUAAAGCCACCUUUAAAGGGAAUGUAUGAGCUGACUAAUACUUAAAAUGUAUUUAUCUGUAUCCAAAAAAAUGUUAGAUAUAUAACUGACUUUGUAAUAAAUGGCAUAGAAUUGUCCUGCAUGAAUGCCCAGGAACUAAAGAAACGAGUUCUUUAACGGUCUGUACUUUCACUUUAUUAAUAGGCACUGGUCAGUAUGUGCAUUCAAUUACUGGGUUAGAUCUGUGAAUAAAGAUACCUGUUACCUU